ACAAAAACAUCAACAAAACUUUAAAAUUCAAAAGAAAAUCUUGAAUUAAAAUUAAUUUAUUGAAAAAAUAUUAAAUGACGAGCUUACCUGCUUGUCGAAUCUGUCUCCGUUCCGAUGUUUCCUUGAAUUUUUUGAGCCGCGAAGGCUCUUUAGCUGUCAAAGAAAUUUUUUGGAUUGAUAUCGAACAAGAGACGGAAUUUAAGCUCUGCGAAAGUUGUAACGAUGAACUUUUGAAUUUUUACAAAUUUUAUCUGAAAGUAAAGGAGAAUCAAAUAAUCUUUAAGGAACGUCAAGCAACGAAAAUUAGUGAUAUUCCUUCAGAAAAUGAAGAUUUUCCUCCAGAUUUGGAUCCGCAAUCCGAUUUUGAAGAAGAUGUCAAAGCUCCUUCUCAAAAAUAUUCCAGCAAAAAGACUCAUAAAUGCAAAAUUUGUCAUCGGGCGUAUUCGACAGCAAAUUAUCUGGCAAAACACAUUGAAAAACAUUUUGAUCCCGUUCAAAAAAAGAAGUUUGAAAAGCCAACAUAUCAACUCGUCUGCGAUAUUUGCGGUCAAAAGCGGCCUGAUCGCGCCAAAAUGCGAAGUCACAUCGAAACGGUUCACCUGAAACUCAAAGAUGCGACAUGCCACAUUUGCGGCGCCUACUUUCAUCGCACCCACAUUCAAGCGCAUAUCAAGAAAAUGCAUCGCGACAACAAAAAGCGGGAAAAAUGCGAUGAAUGCGGGAAAUUUUUCCUCGAUUUGAAGCAACACAAGGCACGAAAUCACAACGAACAGGCUUCCGUUUUUUGUGAAAUUUGUAAGAAGCCGUUUAAGAAUCGAAUGUUGUUGUCGUCGCAUCGGUUUAAGAGACAUCCGCCUGAGGGGAAGUACGAUUGUCAUGAGUGUAAGAAGAAAUUCACGAAUCCCGUGGGUUUGAAGGAGCACAAGGCGGCGCAUCAUGCCGGCGUUUACUUGUACAAUUGUGAAUUUUGCGAUUACAGAGGAAGUUACAAGAAAAAUUUGUUUGAUCAUUGGAAACGGAAUCAUCGGGAGUACUAUGAUCAUCGGAGGCAGCUGUUUUUGGCGCGACACGAUACGGAAAUUGCUCCCAAUAUUGAUGAUUUUUGA